GAUCAUUCUAGUCAUACAGCUGUCGUUGGAGCUCUUUCGAAAUAGUGUGUCUGCAUUUAUUGCAGUUUCGUUUGUUUUUACUUUAAGUUUAUAUGUAGCAAUAUGAUAUUUUGGUGGCUUAGUUUUUAAUUUAUUUUUAUAAUUGGCUUCCAUUAGACCACCAUGACGAAGAUAAAGAACAUCAAACCAGCUGAGCCGAAGCUGACUCUAGCUGAAGCCAAGCGGAUCCUCGCACAAGCAGUACUGAAGUUAGAGGACCACAAAGUAAACCAUCCAGAGUAUAAGGAAUCUGUCGCUAACAUCAGGAACGUUGCUUCCAAGUUCUUACAAAAAGGGGACGCAGUGUCGAGAAGAGAAAAACCAAUAGUUCGACUUCAGAGGAGAAGAAAAAUGGGACGAAGAAGAAGAAAGAGGAGACGCCGGCCCCGAAGGAAAUUAUAGUUCCAGCUCAGGAAAAGCCAGGACCAUGCCCAUGUAUCAAUUGUGUCAAGCAAUGCCACAUACCUGGUCUGAACAUAUCACACCGUUGCCCGCGCUGCACCAAGAGCUUCCAGAAGACAUCCCACUUGCGGUCACACAUGUUAGUCCACACGAGUGUGCGCGACCACACGUGCACGGAGUGCGCGGCACAAUUUAAACGGCACGAUCAGCUUGUCAGACAUCUUUACACCCACGACCCGGAGAAAGCCAAGCAGAGGUUUAGAUGCAAGAAAUGUAAAUCAACAUUCACGAGAAAGGACAACUUCAAGAUACAUAUCAAGAGAAAGAAGGUGUGUAGGGAUACCAUAAAGGAUGACAACAUCGAUACAGUGUUGGAGGUUUUGGAAUCUGGUAAAAACACAGUUGUUGUGAAGCCUGCUAAAGAUAAAAACAAAAAUCGAAAGAAGAGUAGCAGUCCUGUCGGAACGAAGACAGACAAUUUGAAACUACAAGAAAAGGACCUACAUACGCUACAACUACAAGGCAAAGAAGCGAUGCUGGUUCCAGUAACUCACAACCCGGACGGUACCCUCACCAUAACAGGAGAUGCAAUAAACCUGCCCUCUCCUGAGGCAGAGAAGUUGCUGGCUGCUGACAACACUCCAGAGGGUUUGGAAAGUGCUCACGGUAUCAAAGUUGACAACAACCAAUACGUUAUCACUUGUUCGGAUGAUAAGGAUUUGUAUGAUGAACCAGCGAAAACCCCGACAGAUAUUGUAGAUUUAGACACAAACAUGCCCAUAACAGACCAAAUAGCUUAUCGGUCCCAAGAGUUCUAUCAAGCUCCAACUGUUGUCAUAGACUCUGGUCUCGGGUAUCAAACAGAGUUUACAAAUGUUGGAGUGAAUGCUGUGCAUAAUGAUGCACAUUUCGGAUCAAUUCACACGGAACAGCCAACUAGUGUAACAAUUGUUGCCCCAGAAUCAGAACCAGUCGUGACUGAACGCCUAGAAGAAUUUUGUGAGAAAGCUGAUGAUAAUAAGGUUGUAAAAACAGCAUUCGAUCGUGAUGGAAAGGAAAAAGAAAUGAAGGGACUAUCACCAGGCACCCGAGACUUUCCGCUGUGCGCUGAACUUAUGAGGUUAGCAGAAGUACCUCAAAUCGGAGGCCAGGAUCAACUGAUGGGGACCAAUCUCACAGAACUUGCUCAAACUGAACCAUAUUCUGUGGUACAAACGAGCCCCUCAGAAACUGUUUACACUCAGCAAUCUAGUGAGAAUAAAACAAUGCAUCCGUCCAAUUCCUAUGGUUCAUCUCCUACAGCACAGAUUGCCAGCGCGUUGAGUGCACCAUUUAGUAAAUCUCAUCGUGGAGCAGAGAUCAUCUCAAACAUAGUUGAUCAGCAAGUCACCGAGGAAGAAGCUUCAAGUUCACAUCUGCAGUCGGUUGUAGUAGGAAAUAGUAAUCAAGACAAUGCUACCCAUCCUGCUCAACUGAUUGUUCGACAGCAAGAAUUCGCUAUUCACGAUUCGACCCAGCAAGAAUCCAGCCAGGAUAAAGUUCUAAACCUUCCUCCUCAACCAGCCCAACAUGAAGGUACUGUGAGCAAACAAACAGACCCUCCAACCGACAUUUUGUCUAAAGUGAUAGAAGACAUACUGGCAGACACAGGAGUAGAGCCGCUAGACGAGGUAGACGAUCAGAUCAUCAAUGUGAUGCAAGGAGGACACACUAUCACCAGCACCCCACCCAGGACUAAGAGUGCCAUGGACCUCCUUAAAGCGGUUAUUUUCAUGAGCUCUCGAAUAGCUGAGCCGCUACCGGGCGGCUCUCUUCCAGCUCCGGCAAUUACAGCGGGCGGUUGUGAAGCAGGUGGAUUCAGGUUACAGGACCACGAACCAGACGAUCUACCGCCAGGUGCUUUGGUUGGAAUUAACACCGACAUGCUAGAAACAGCAACAUCAUCUCCUAAAACACCAGACGGCAAGACUGUGAAAUUGUCUAAAACUCCAAGAAAAACUCCCAGAAAGACACCCAGGAAAACUCCGAAAUCUAGACAACCUAAGUCUAAAAAUAAAGGCUCUCCUAAAAAUAAUAUUGAUAACUCACAUAAGUCAGGCGAGUCGAGUUUCGUAAAACAGAUCUUCAAAGCGAAGAAGCGCCUGUUCUCUGAAAAAUGUGACGAGGAUGAAAAUCGAUUGUCAUCAAAAGUUAUUAAAAUAGAUUCAGGACCCAUGAUACUGGGACAAGAUGUGCUGGAACAGAAUGACAAACUCAGAGCAGCAGCCCUAGGAGACGCACAUGUCCUAAAUACUGAGGCAAUUUGCCUUUCAAAAGCAAAUGGAGACAAAGAAAGUUUGAAAAAUGCCAACAAACAAGAGAUCCUACCUCUCGCUGGUAUUGAAGAAGAGAGAGCAGAUAGAGACCCGCCCUCAGUCCACAGCGAGGUGAACGCACCACUCGCAGAGGUCUUAUCACCAUUCACAGAACAGCUGAUCGGGGAAUCUCUAACAAACCGAGAUAACAUCUUAUCUCCGAUAUCUCCUCUCCAGGUCUCAUCACCAUUCACUCACCAGGAGUCUCCCAACUUCCUCUUUUUCAAUUCUCCAGUUCGCAGCAAAACUCCUGACCCCCAACAUUUCACUUCUGGCAGAUCCUCUCCAUUAUUCCUCCGUUCUCAAACACCGGAUAACGCUUUCCUCCGGUCAAGUUCUCCGGAACGGACCAUCUUGCAGACUCCGGACCAGUCCAAGUUGGGUGGCUUGUCGUUUGAGCAGGAGGAACAGCCCUUCGAGGAUAACUUCAUAUGGCGGGAGCUAGAACAUAUGUUUAAGAAUAAGCGAAGCAGUCCAGGAAAUCCGGAAAAUUAUUGGUUUCAACCCUAAUAACAUAUAUUUUUAGAUAUUUUGUUAUUUAAGAAAAUUUUAAGUGAAGCAGUUAAGAAAAUGAUAAUUUGUUAAAAAUAAUAUUUAAAAUUUAGAUACUUGAAAUGACAUAAAUAACGAUGUGUAUUCGUAUAAGUUUGUUUU